AUGUCAAAAAAGUUUGCCAAGAACUCUAUAAAACCAGGUCAAAAGUCGACACGCGGUCGCAAGGCACUCAUUACUCCCGACAAAACAGAUGUUACGGGAAAGCAACAUUUCAUGAUUGUUCGUCGAGUUAACAAUCAAAACUCCAUCAUAAAAAACAAGCAUAAUAAUGGCUCGUGUGGCAAUUGCGAUCUAAACGAUGAAUACUUUGACUUUCUGACCGAGAGAGUAAAUACCAUCGAAGGUCUCGUGAAUAAUCUUCGAAAAACACUUUCGAUUAAACGAAAACCUAGUAAUUUUGGGCACCUGGAUUUCAAAAGAAUGGACACCGACACAUUACUCAAAUAUUCCGAAAUAUUCAGCCUCUACCCACAACAAUCCCAACCCCUCACUCUUAACUUUAACAUACAAAAUGAUAAUUAUGCUAAUCAAGAUCACACGUUACGUUUAUGGAAUAACGAUAUGAAUAUGUCUACGGAAAGUAUUUUCUACAUUUAA